AUGGAGAGUAGCAGCAGAAACAAUGAGGAAGAAAGCAUUUUUGACCUUAGAAACAGUCUAUAUACUAACAUGGCAAAUGUUAUACAAAACAAAAAUCCUAGUAUUCAGAUAGACACAGAAACUCUGACCAAAUUACUAACUGAAUUAGAAUCUUUACUCUUGGUUGAAAUGAAACAUAAAAUUGAAUGUGCUUUAUUUGAGUCGUAUAUAAAAGAGAAUUUUAAGGAAAGUACAGAGUUUAAAGAGAAAGAGAAAUCCAUGAAAGAGAAACUGAAAAAUACAAAAGAAGAAAUAGUUCUAGUUAAAAUCAAGAAACUUAAAAGAGACAGAGACGACUAUGCUUCACAUAAAAUGGAAGCUAAUCCUGAGAAAUAUAUUACACAUAGUUGGAGAGCAGAAAGGAGGAAUAACACAAAUAAUGCAUCUACGAAGGAAAAUAACUCUGCACAAAUAGAAAAUGUAAAUUAUGACAAUCAACCCACUUCCAGGAAUACAAAAAACCACCACUAUAGACCUCCCUAUAAACAAAACCAUAACUACUAUCACCACCAGAAUAGAUACCCUCAAAACCAUAACAAUUCACACAGACCACAAUACAACAGAGCAAUGCACCCAAAUUUCCAACAAAAUGGAAACACAUUUCACCAGGGAAGAAACCAAUACCACAAUGAAAAUACUUCUCAAAACUCACAUUACAAUUGGGAUCAUUUUGAUCGUAGAAAACAUUUUCAAUAUAGAAACCGAUUUCAGCACAAAGAUCAAUUCCAACACAGAAAUCAAUUUCAGCAUAGAGAUCAAUUUCAGCAAAAUGAUCAAUUUCAGCAUAGAAAUCAAUACCAGCACGAGAGAAAUCAAUACCAACACGAGAGACAUUUCGAAUAUGAGAAUAAUACUACCUAUCAGAAUCACUAUACACCACAUUUUAGGAGAGAUAACCACAAUAGGACAGAUUAUCAUCACAAACCCAAUUAUUCCAAUAGGCUACUAAGCAUUAAUGAAGAACUUACUAUCCCCACAUCAAACAGAUAUUCUAUUUUAGAUACAGACAGAAAUGAAUCCCAGCAAAACAAAAACAAAUCCACAGAAGUAUUAGAUACAUCAAAUUCUUCAAAUAUAGGAUCAAACAAAGUGCCUUUUUUAGACAAAGAUUUUAAGGAAAGUACAGAGUUUAAAGAGAAAGAGAAAUCCAUGAAAGAGAAACUGAAAAAUACAAAAGAAGAAAUAGUUCUAGUUAAAAUCAAGAAACUUAAAAGAGACAGAGACGACUAUGCUUCACAUAAAAUGGAAGCAAAUCCUGAGAAAUAUAUUACACAUAGUUGGAGAGCAGAAAGGAGGAAUAACACAAAUAAUGCAUCUACGAAGGAAAAUAACUCUGCACAAAUAGAAAAUGUAAAUUAUGACAAUCAACCCACUUCCAGGAAUACAAAAAACCACCACUAUAGACCUCCCUAUAAACAAAACCAUAACUACUAUCACCACCAGAAUAGAUACCCUCAAAACCAUAACAAUUCACACAGACCACAAUACAACAGAGCAAUGCACCCAAAUUUCCAACAAAAUGGAAACACAUUUCACCAGGGAAGAAACCAAUACCACAAUGAAAAUACUUCUCAAAACUCACAUUACAAUUGGGAUCAUUUUGAUCGUAGAAAACAUUUUCAAUAUAGAAACCGAUUUCAGCACGAAGAUCAAUUCCAACACAGAAAUCAAUUUCAGCAUAGAGAUCAAUUUCAGCAAAAUGAUCAAUUUCAGCAUAGAAAUCAAUACCAGCACGAGAGAAAUCAAUACCAACACGAGAGACAUUUCGAAUAUGAGAAUAAUACUACCUAUCAGAAUCACUAUACACCACAUUUUAGGAGAGAUAACCACAAUAGGACAGAUUAUCAUCACAAACCCAAUUAUUCCAAUAGGCUACUAAGCAUUAAUGAAGAACUUACUAUCCCCACAUCAAACAGAUAUUCUAUUUUAGAUACAGACAGAAAUGAAUCCCAGCAAAACAAAAACAAAUCCACAGAAGUAUUAGAUACAUCAAAUUCUUCAAAUAUAGGAUCAAACAAAGUGCCUUUUUUAGACAAAGACAUUAAUGAAUUGGGCUCAAAGAUUGAGUUCCUGGAGGACGGUCAAGAACACCUGGAAUCUAUGGUCAGCAACAACACCCAAUAUCUCAAAUGCCAAGAUUCUAUGAUUCAGGAUUUACUACUGAAAAUAGAGGAUUUAGAUAAUAGGAACAGACGCAGUAAUUUACGAAUCAGGGGAAUCCCCGAAGAUGUUAUGCAAGAACAACUUACCCCUGGAUCUCACAGAGAAUUCCUUAGAGAGAGCUCACAGAGCUUUACGCCCACGACCUAA